GUACUCUCUCGCCUUGCAGCGAAUAAUGUUGUCGUGUGCCCAUUUGGCCCCCAACCACCAUGCAUUUACCAGGAAGGUUGUGCCAUUUUCGUGCACUUUCUCAAUGAGGGGUGUCAGCCUCACGCGAAUAUUUAGCAGCGAUGCUCCCGAGGGCGAGGAUGAUUGCCUCGAGUUGCUCACUUCCACCUUACGCCCGGUAUGUCUAUUCUCUCUGGUGGUCGUCAGAAUGACGCAUCAAUCCAAUACACUGCCGUAGGGCAUGGCAAUACAUACGGCGACAGCGAUUUCUCCACACAUCAUCAGCGUCAUGCUCACAGCGAUAACGUUGAUCGAGCAAGCAUAGACAUCCGUCACGAGACUGCCGGUGACGGGCCAAAGACAGAAGGAGCGACAUACUACGUAAUUGAGGCAGGCCAAGCACCAAGUAACAAGACGUCUGGUCACUGCCAUCCACCGGCAAUUCAAGGCUGGCCUCAAGGUCCUCGCAAGUUGGGUGGGGUAUCAGUACUCUUUCUGAUUGGAGAUAUUUUAUUGCUCUUGCUGCCGGUGGCUUUCUUAGGUCCGUUUGGUACCCUCCAACCUAAAAGCUCUCAUCCUGACAAAAAGUAGUUCUUGCAAUCUCGGCAUGGUGUCUAGAUGGGAAAGAGCUAUCAGACACUGGACGGACGGUGGAGCGUGCCAUGAACCUCGGACCUACAAUCUAUCCUCUUGCUUUUGCAGCGAUCGGCAGUCGGUGUCUACGAAAUGUUGCCAUCUACCUCGCUGAGAGAGGUACUACCUUAGCGGUG